AUGGUCGUCGAGGGUGCGGGUUCGGCGGCGGGGGCAGGUGCUGGCGAGGAGGCAACCGGAUCCGGCGAGGUGUCGGCUGGUGGCAUGGCGGAGACCGAGCUUGGCGUAGGGGUAGCUGCUAACGAAGAGGAGGCCGAGCUUGGUGACAAAGGGGUUGUUGGCGAGCUAAAGCUCGAGCCUGGCGAAGAUGCACCUGUGAAGGCCGAGCGUGGUGAAGGGGGGGGCGCGUCGAUCCUGCUCCCUGGCAACCUCCGCGCGACGGGGAGGGCGCUGCAUAGACGACCUUGUGCUGAGGCGACGGCCAGUGGGGCAGAGCUUGGUGCGGUGACCGUAGCGGAGGCAGAGGUAGCACCUAACGGGGUCGCAGCAGGACACGGUGUGGUGACCCGGGGCCAAACAGACGAAGCAACGCCUGUUUGUUCUGGCCCGAAAAGCUUGCAGCGUUGGGGAAGGUUGGAGCCGGGGGCGUUCACUGUCGGAGUGUCGAUGGGGAGAAGUUCAAAGUUCAAAUUGACGAAAGGGGAUCUGUGGGGAAAAGCAGCUGCCAGGGUCUCUGUGCAGGGGCUGGAAGCUGGACGAGGGGCCAGCGGUGGGGACGGCCAGGAGGCCGCGGAGGCUCUGGUUGCUGGGAGGGAGCGGCGCUGGGGCUUGGUCGGCGGGACGGGAUGCGCCGCCGCCGGAGGCGCGCGGCGGGGGAGCGAGCUGCGGGGGCAUGUCGUGCGGAAGCUGAAGACUUCUGUCGAAACAAUCGUUUAA